UAUGAAGAAAAGUAGUUCAAGUAAAGACCAGACUUUAAGAGCCAAAAACAAGAGAAAAGCUGCUUAUUCAGUAGCUCCAUCAGGUAGACACUUUCACGAAUAUGCUGUCAAAACUGGGCAAGGUUUUAACAGUAGAAGAAAUCUAGCAAAAAUAUAUUGAUCGAGUCAAAGGUCCCACAACCAUACGGAGACCAGAGGGAAAAUGAGGGGGAAAAUACAAAAUAUUUCUGAAAACAAAGCUUUAGUGCCUCAAAAUAGCCCUAACCAGUUGCCUAAUUUGGUCAGUCAAGUACCUGUGAAUGGAAAGAAGAAGCUUAAAUCAGAUCAUCGAAGCCAUAAUGUCUCAAAAAGGAGAGUAAAAGUUGGAUCUCAAGCUAUGAGUCCAGAAAAAUCUGAUAGAAUCCUAGGUAAUAACAUUAUAUUUUCAAUUGAUGAAAACCUAGAGAGGGCUUAUCAGAAGAAGCAUCCAUCUGUAUUCUCCUCUAACGUGAUGUCAAAACGGAAUAAGACAAGUGAGAGGAGGAGGGUGAAUAAUAAACUGAUCUACAAAAGACCAUUAAAGAAAAGAGAUCCCAGCCAAAGAAAAAAUAUUGAUAUCAACGAUAGAUUUCUCUUCUAUAAAAAACAACUAAAUGUCAAUCAGCCACAGUUAGAGCAGUUCAAACACGGUGAUAUGAAUGAGAAAAAUGAGAUACUUGGCAAUAUGCAAGCUCAAGAAAGCCAGAAAGGAAAUAUUACCAGCCCGCUUCCGAAGUCAGUAAUUUUACAAAAGAGUAAAAUUGCAUAUCUUUCAGCCAAUACCCAAUUUGUUGGUAAAAUGAUGGGAGAUUCUCCAUACAACCAGACCUUGACAAGGCCUAAAUACAAGAGAGCAAUUCAAGAAAGGAAACAUAGGAAGGUAGUCAGCUACAUGGCAUCGCCUUAUAACACCAAGCCAUCAAAGAUCAGAAAUUUUAACAAGAAAGCUAAUAAAGUACCUCGAAGCACUAAUACUAGUUGGAGCAGGAAACUGUUCAAGAAUGAAAAGGAGAGACACCCGAAAGUCCCAUCAACACAAGCCAUGUUUAAUUUGCAGAAAGAUGCUUCAGGCCGGGUUAAGAAGAAAAGUCUCAGACCUCUCCAAAAUUCUCCUGUUCCUGAUAGUUCUAAGCUAGAGGAAUAUUCUCCUUUAUCACAAAGAUCUCCACAUAUUCAUAAAAUGGAAACCUCCAUUGUCAGAAUCCAGGACAUGCUCAAGCAUAUGGAUGAUAUAUUAGUGGCAAAGAAUCAAAGGAAACACUUAGAGAUUAAGAAGAUAGCACAGGAGGCUGACUCAGGAAGAGUUGGGAGUAGCUUCCAGUUACCCCAAAACUCUGGAAGAGAGAGUGACCUUGUCACUCUUCUUAAUAUCGAUGAUAUUACCAGCAGUAAUCUUGCUUAA